CCUCCUCAAUUCGACUUCGCAUACCGAUUGAAUGUCUGCAUAGCCGGCUUCGUAUUUGACCCUUCAUAUUCCCCUACUUCCUUUUCUCACAUCCCUUCCGCAUCAUGUUCCGUCCUGCGACCAGAGUUCUCCUCCGCGCGCCGGGUGUCGCAGUCCGUGGCCCUGCAAGCAGACGAUUGAUAAGCACCGCUCCCCCAGACACCAAGUCGAGGAGUUGGAAGAGUACCGUUGUCCGUCUGGGGUUGGCUGCUGGAGCUGUAUACUACUAUAACACGAGCAGUGUCUUUGCCGAACAGCCGUCAUUCUCCCUCUUCUCCAAGCAGAACACACCGGAUUCUUCCAAUGAAACCCAGCUCCCAACCAUCGACUCCAUUAAGCCCAGAAUCCGCGAAGAAAGACAAGCAGAAACAAAGACCGUCUCCCAACCGGAUGCGCAGCCCACACAGCACGAGGCCCUACCCGCCUCAGAAGCCGCCUUGAAGUCGCCCCAAGAACUCGAAGACGAAGCCGGCCAGGAAGCGGCCUUCAACCCCGAAACUGGCGAGAUCAACUGGGACUGCCCAUGCCUGGGUGGCAUGGCUCAUGGUCCUUGCGGCGAGGAGUUCAAGGCUGCGUUCAGCUGCUUCGUGUACUCCACAGAAGAACCCAAGGGCAUGGACUGCAUUGACAAGUUCAAGGGCAUGCAAGAGUGCUUCCGGAGGUACCCCGACGUCUACGGUGCCGAACUCGAAGAUGACGACGAGGCCGACGCCGCAGCUGCCACCGCAGCCGGCAUCCCAGAACCCAGCGAGCAGCCCGCUUCCCCUGCCCGGGCUCGCGCAAAGGACGUUCACGCCCAGGUGAAGUCGGAAGUCGCCGAAAAGGCCGAGCAGGCUGAGAGCGAAGACCUUAUUCCCAAGGCCUGGCACGAUACCGAAGGCAAGAACGACACUGUCACCAAGGCCCAGCAGACGGAGAAAUGA